CCAGGGCAGUAAAAUUCUGCCUUAAAAGAGGCGGAGCCAUGCAAAUUACUUACGGGAAAAUGCUGGCUCUGUGUCAGCCAAGCAGCCCACUGUAAUGAAUAUUUAUAAUUAGGGUGGAUAAAUACCCUGUGCAAAGCCCCCCGAGCUGCAGGAGCAGGAGAGAUCCGCUGUGAGUCCGAGCUGAUAAAGAAUUCCGGCUCUCUGGCACCUCCAGCUGUGCCAGGGAGUUCACUCCGGCCCAUUUCGGGUCCCCCAGUGGCCACCGUGGACUCUCCUCUCCAUGGCCCCCCUGGCUCAGACCCUGGCACCGCUGGCAAUGGCCGUGGCCACCGUGGCCAUCCAAGUGGUGCCCCUGGACAUGGCCCGGAACUCCUUUGAUGACCAGUACCUGACCUGUGCCCACGACAUGGCCAAGCACCUGCCGGAGCUCAACAGCACCGAGUUCCUGCGGAACGCCGAGUUUGCCCAGGCCUGGCCUAAGGCCAGGGCGGCGUGGCAGGCGCGGGGGAGCCCCGCGACCCCCCUGAGCCAGGCCCAGGCCAUCGCCCUCACGCUCUACACCAUGAAGGACGUGCACGGGCAGUUCAACGCGGCCGUGCGCCGGGCCGGCGCCUCCCGCAAGAAAUACCACAAAAACUUCCACUUCAAGACGCUGCAUUUCCUGCUGACCCGCGCCCUGCAGCGGCUGCGGGAGCCCGGCCGGUGCCAGGACGUGUUCAGGGGGGUCCGCGGGCUGCGCUUCGAGGCCGCGGCCGGGGACAAGGUCCGCUUCGGGCAGUUCGCGUCGACGUCGCGGAGCCGCGCGGUGGCGGCGGGGUACGGCGGGGACACGCUGCUCC